UGGAGGAAAAGGAUGAAGUUUUCAAUGCACGAAGGAACUCCGUGAUUUGGUUUUGCAAGUGUUGUUAUUUACUCCGUCCUGAGCCCUGGUUUCGUGCGGAGAGGGCUUGCUUUGGACCCGUGUGCAUCCGACACCGGGUGCAUAAACUUCGAAGGAGAGAGUGGAGAAUGCAAAAGAGGCACCGCUCGUGUUCGGGCGCCGUGGCUCUGCAUCUGAUGCUUGCAUUUACGCUGGCGGUCUGGCUGUUGCAACUGAGUGCGAGCAAAGUGUGCUGCUCCCUCGCCCUGCUCUCUCAGUCCUUUCACACCUUCUCCACGCUGCUGGGUCUGAGCACGCUGCAGGUGUCUCGGAGGCUCAACGGGGCCGGCCGGGUCCACAAUCGGGCCAAGAACACCUUCGGCUGGCUGAGGGUGGAGCCGCUGGGCGCCCUGGUGCAAGGCGUGUUCCUCACUGGCCUCUGCUUCACCGCCCUGGGGAAAGCGGUGGAGAGCGUGUUGCAACCUCGCCCAGUCCGGCGCCCCGAGGUCCUAGUGGGGGUCUGGUUAACCAGUCUCCUGAUCGACCUGGGCAACUUCUACAUCUUCAGAGGAGCAAACAACGCACAAGACUGGCCCUCCGCAGACACGGAUUGCAAGCGCGAAAACAAAGAACUUCUCAGUGAGACGCUGACCGAUGUCCCGGGACGAAGCAAGAGCUGGUGGGGAGAGGAUUUGGAGGAGCCCGGGGCCGUGGGCGAAGAGCUGCGCCUGGAUUGUCAGAGGGCUUCACCGCGGGUGCUGGGGGAUGCUCCGAUCUCGGUGCUGUUGCUGUUGAACGCGUUGGCUCAUUACACAGCCUGGUCCUCCUGCUCCGUGGGACAGUGCAAGGGGGAGGAGGAGAGUGCCUGGCCCUGCUGGCUGCUGCUGUACCUGGACCCGGCCCUGGGUCUCGGUGUGGUCUCCAGGGCCAUGUGGGUGUCCUGGCCCCGGCUGAAGGAGUCGGCGCUGCUGCUGAUGCAAGCAGUGCCCGGGGGGCUGGAUGUGCGGCGGCUGCGGGAGCUGCUGCUGAGACAGGACGGGGUGGAGGCCGUGCAUGAGUUGCAUGUGUGGCGGCUGGCUGGCAGGCGGCUGGUGGCCAUGGCCCAUGCCCGGUGCCGGGAAGCGGGCACGGCCGGGAGGCUCGCCGCCUUCCUCCGGCGGGAGGGGAUGGCGGCCGUCACGGUGCAGCCGGAGGUGGGCGAGGACUGGGGGCUGGGGCUGGGGUGUGAGCUGGCGUGCGGGCAGCGCUGCGCCCACAGGCUGUGCUGUGCGGGGGACCGGCAGCCCCACCAUGACGGGGGAAGCCUGGCAUCGAGGCACAACUCACUGCUCGCCGAGUCUCCUCUCUCAGCCUACAACAGCACUGAGUGUGAGACAACCGUCUAAUGCAGCACCAGGGCACUCGUGGGGAUAUGGAGCAAGUAUAUUCAAACUAACAAUGCACACAUGCAGAAUUGGAGCACAUACUGUCCCACUGUUUAGUUUCCUUAUGAUUCAACCCUCCCCCUCAAACAGUGGCAGCUUCUAGAUGAACUACCGUAACAUUUUUCACACAGAGUGGUGAAUCUGUGGAAUUCUCUGCCGCAGAUAGUAGUUGAGGCCAGUUCAUUGGCUAUAUUUAAGAGGGAGUUAGAUGUGGCCCUUGUGGCUAAAGGGA